UUCUUGCCAGUGCCUCUGAUGGAGUGCCGGAGGGAUGUGUGUGUCAGUCCUCAGUCCCGCACCUGCUCCUGAGGUGCCACCUGCUGCGUCCUGGCUGGCUCCCGUUGGCCCUGUCCAUAUCCUAGCUCCCAGGUUGGACAGCUGCUGCCCGGGACAGGUGACCUGGGCGCCCUGCUAGGGCAACAGCUCCUGCCCCACGGGCCGGGAUCAUGAAAGGCCUUGGUGACAGUCGCCCCCGCCACCUCUCCGACAGCCUGGACCCACCACACGAGCCCCUGUUUGCAGGGCCUGACCGGAACCCCUACCUGCUGUCGCCCACGGAGGCCUUUGCCCGGGAGGCCCGCUUUCCUGGGCAGAACACACUGCCGGGGGAUGGGCUCUUUCCACUCAACAACCAGCUGCCCCCGCCGAGCAGCACGUUCCCCCGCAUCCAUUACAACUCCCACUUCGAGGUGCCCGAGGAGAGUCCCUUUCCCAGCCAUGCCCAAGCCACCAAGAUCAACCGGCUGCCCGCCAACCUCUUGGACCAGUUUGAGAAGCAGCUGCCAAUCCACCGGGAUGGCUUCAGCACCCUCCAGUUCCCCCGGGGCGAGGCCAAGGCCCGGGGCGAGAGCCCUGGCCGCAUCCGCCAUCUGGUCCAUUCUGUCCAGAGGCUCUUCUUCACUAAGGCCCCCUCACUGGAGGCCACCACCGCAGGCAAGGUCGGUGGCAAUGGCAACAAGAAAGGUGGCCUGGAGGACGGCAAGGGCCGGAGGGCCAAAAGCAAGGAUCGGGCCAAGGCUGGCGAGCCCAAACGGCGCAGCCGCUCCAAUAUCUCAGGCUGGUGGAGUUCUGACGACAAUUUGGAUGGCGAGGGCGGUGCCUUCCGCAGCACGGGCCCGGCCUCUGGGCUGAUGACGCUGGGACGCCAGCAGGAGCGCAGCCAGCCCCGCUACUUCAUGCACGCCUAUAACACCAUCAGCGGGCACAUGCUCAAAGCCACCAAGAACACCACCACUGAGCUGACUGCCCCACCGCCCCCUCCUGCGCCCCCUGCCACCUGCCCCAGCCUGGGAGUGGGCACUGACACCAACUAUGUCAAACGCGGCUCCUGGUCCACGCUGACCCUCAGCCAUGCCCACGAGGUCUGCCAGAAAACCUCAGCCACCUUGGAUAAGAGCCUGCUGACAUCCAAGUCCUGUCACCAGGGUCUGGCCUACCACUACCUGCAGGUGCCUGGAGGCGGUGGAGAGUGGAGUACGGCGUUGCUGUCUCCCCGCGAAGCUGAUGCCACGGCGGAGGGCCCCAUCCCUUGCCGGCGCAUGCGCAGUGGCAGCUACAUCAAGGCCAUGGGUGACGAGGACAGCGACGAAUCCGGAGGUGGCAGCCCCAAGCCCUCGCCCAAGACCGCUGCACGGCGCCAGAGCUACCUGAGGGCCACGCAGCAGUCCCUGGGAGAGCAGAGCAACCCCCGCAGGAGUCUGGACCGUCUGGAUUCGGUGGACAUGCUGCUGCCUUCCAAGUGUCCCAGCUGGGAGGAGGACUACAACCCCAUCAGCGACAGCCUCAAUGACUCCAGCUGCAUCAGCCAGGUUUUUGGACAGGCCUCCUUGAUUCCUCAGUUGUUUGGCCAUGACCAGCAGGUUCGGGAGGCAGAUCUGAGUGACCAGUACGAGGCAGCCUGUGAGUCGGCCUGCAGCGAAGCCGAGUCCACGGCGGCGGAGGCGCUUGACUUGCCCCUGCCCAGCUACUUCCGCUCCCGCAGCCAUAGCUACCUGCGCGCCAUCCAGGCAGGCUGUUCGCAAGAGGAGGACAGUGUCUCCCUGCAGUCCCUCUCCCCGCCGCCCAGCACUGGCAGCCUCAGCAACAGCCGCACACUUCCAAGCUCAUCAUGUCUAGUGGCAUAUAAGAAGACCCCACCACCAGUCCCUCCACGCACCACGUCAAAGCCGUUCAUCUCCGUCACGGUCCAGAGCAGUACUGAGUCCGCCCAGGACACCUACCUGGACAGCCAAGACCACAAGAGUGAGGUGACGAGCCAGUCGGGCCUGAGCAACUCCUCAGACAGCCUGGACAGCAGUACCCGACCGCCCAGCGUGACACGGGGCAGCGUUGUCCCAGCCCAGGAAGCCCCAGAGCCACCCCCAAAACAUGCAGCACUGAAGAGUGAACAAGGGACGCUGACCAGCUCUGAAUCUCAUCCUGAAGCCAUCCCCAAAAGAAAACUGUCAUCAAUAGGAAUACAAGUUGACUGCAUUCAGCCAGUGCCAAAAGAGGAGCCCAGUCCCGCUACCAAAUUCCAGUCCAUCGGGGUUCAGGUAGAGGACGACUGGCGAAGCAGCGCCCCCUCUCACAGCAUGUCCUCCCGACGGGACACUGACUCCGAUACCCAAGAUGCCAAUGAUUCAAGCUGUAAGUCAUCUGAAAGGAGCCUUCCAGACUGUACCCCACACCCCAACUCCAUCAGCAUUGAUGCCGGCCCCCGGCAGGCCCCCAAGAUUGCCCAGAUCAAGCGCAACCUCUCCUAUGGAGAUAACAGCGACCCUGCCCUCGAGGCGUCCUCGCUGCCCCCACCUGACCCCUGGCUCGAGACCUCCUCCAGCUCCCCAGCAGAGCCAGUGCAGCCUGGGGCCUGCCGCAGAGAUGGCUACUGGUUCCUGAAGCUACUUCAGGCCGAAACAGAGCGGCUGGAAGGCUGGUGCUGCCAGAUGGACAAGGAGACCAAAGAGAACAACCUCUCUGAAGAAGUCUUAGGGAAAGUUCUCAGUGCUGUGGGCAGUGCCCAGCUCCUGAUGUCCCAAAAAUUCCAGCAGUUCCGGGGCCUCUGUGAGCAGAACUUGAACCCUGACGCCAACCCCCGUCCAACAGCCCAGGACCUAGCCGGGUUCUGGGACCUGCUGCAGCUGUCCAUCGAGGACAUCAGCAUGAAGUUUGAUGAGCUCUACCACCUCAAGGCCAACAGCUGGCAGCUGGUGGAGACCCCCGAGAAGAGGAAGGAAGAGAAGAAACCACCCCCUCCGGUCCCGAAGAAGCCAGCCAAAUCCAAGGCGGCGGUGAGCCGCGACAAGGCCUCAGACGCGGGGGACAAGCAGCGUCAGGAGGCCAGAAAGAGACUCCUGGCAGCCAAGCGGGCAGCGUCUGUGCGGCAGAACUCAGCCACAGAGAGCGCAGACAGCAUCGAGAUCUACGUUCCUGAGGCCCAGACCCGGCUCUGAGGCCAUCAAGGAGGAAGCAAGAUAUUUUAAAUCAUUAAAAACCACAAAUGAAAAGAAAAAAAAAAAAAACUUAAUGCGAAUGGAACGACAUUCUCUCAACCUUUAGUAUGGUUCUCUCUAGAGACCCUGAGCCAACUUUCAAAUUGACGCAUUCAAGGGCUCACAAUUUGGCUUUUUUUGGGUCCCUCCAAGCUUUAGGUUAUGAAGACUUCUCACACACACACACAAACACACAAAAAAAAAAGUCAACAGAAACCACAAAGCUAGAACCUUUUUUUCCCUUGGGCUGGCCGUGGCGGACAGACAGCUGGACUUCGGCAGCCCUCGGCCCAGCUCCAGAUGCAGUCUUUUUACUUGUUCUGUCUGAUGAGAACUUAAACUAGCUUGUUUACAAGACGACGACAGUCCAAGGGCAGCCUUGGGCUCCUGCCAUGUCCCUCCUUUCCCGGCUACCCACUCUGACCUUGGAGUUUCAUUCUCAUGUUUUUCUUUUCCCUCCAGAGCUCACACAGGGGUCACCAUCAUGGCCAGAGGCUUUCUGGUUCACAGCCCUUUCGGGUUGAGGGCUCAGAGAACAGAGAGAUGGACAUAUGCAUCCUUCCCUCCCCUAACCCUCCCCACCAAGUGCUCACACAGGGUCACCCGCGCACACAGGUGAGGCGCCCUCCCUCCAUUGCCAGCCUAGGCAGUGUGAGGCCAGGCUCGCCUCGGAGCAGAUGAGGAAGGUGCUGGUCCUUGGGGGAAGUGAGAAGAAGCUAUGGUUACCAAGCUGCAGACUCCAGCCCUUUUCUUCUCGCCAGCCCCUUCUUCCUUCUCAAAAGAAAAUUUAGGACUCAGAGUGGCUUCCAAGGGGUUGUCUGUCCUCAGCCGCACCUUGGUCCAGUGCCCAGGGGCAGGUGGCGGUGUCUGUACGUAUGUGUACAUAUGCACAUAGACCUUAGAGUGUAUAUUUAACAAACGCCCAUCUGCUCACCCAUGCCCACCAGUGCCAGUGCCACCAGCUCGCGGGGCACCUGGCAGGAGGCGGGUGUGUGAAUAGCAUAUAUUUUUACAUGUACUAUAUCUAGGUGUGUGUAUAAGUGUGUGUAAAAAUAUAUACCUUGUGUGUAAGCAGCCCCCUCCCCCCCCCCCCGUUUUUUCUUUUUUGUUGCCCUCCCAUCCCCUUCGGCCCAGCCUCUUGAGUUUUAAAAUUCUGUUGUAAUUUUUAUCCAAUUUUCCUCUCUCUCCUAACCCCCUACUUCCAAUCCCAGGGUGUCCUGAGCCCUGAGCUGCAAAGGCCCGGGUCUGUAGAGCGAGGUGGGGAGGGUAAGAAAGGGGCAGGCCACCUGGCAGGGGCAGGACCCAGCAGACAGUUCAUCAUACCAGGGGCUGUUCGAUACUGUGCAUACGACUUUAGGGCAUUGGGGACAUCCUCUUGUCUGGCGCAUGCUGCAGGGGUCCCCCCCCUCCUGGUGAAGCAAAGGCCUGCUGUGGGGCUCCAUUUCAGCUUGGCUGCCCCGUCUGUGACCUUGGGCAAGUCACUUGACCUCUGUGUGCCUCAACUUCCUCCUCUGUAAAAUGGGGACAGUCCCUGCCCCUCCCUACCUCACAGGCAUGUUGUGAGAAUAAAUGAGGUAACGUGUA